AUGGGGUCGUUUAAGAGUUCUGGCUUCAUCUUGAUCCUUCACCUUCUAAAAGGGGUCCUGAGUAAUUCGCUCAUUCAGUUGAAUAACAAUGGCUAUGAAGGCAUCGUCGUGGCCAUUGACCCCAAUGUGCCAGAAGAUGAAACACUCAUUCAACAUAUAAAGGACAUGGUGACUCAGGCAUCUCCAUACUUGUUUGAAGCUACAGGAAAAAGGUUUUAUUACAAGCAAGUUGCCAUUUUGAUUCCUGAAAACUGGAAGACAAAACCUGACUAUGUGAGACCAAAACUGGAGACCUACAAAAAUGCUGAUGUCCUGGUUGCUGCACCAGACCCUGCAGGGAAUGAUGAGCCCUACACUGAGCAGAUAGGAAAGUGUGGGCAACGGGGAGAAAGGAUUCACUUCACUCCCGACUUCAUAGCAGGAAAAAAGCUGCCUGAAUAUGGACCACAAGGUAGGGUGUUUGUCCACGAGUGGGCUCAUCUGCGAUGGGGAGUAUUUGAUGAGUACAACAACAAUGAGAAAUUCUACUUAUCCAAUGGGAAAAGACAAGCAGUAAGAUGCUCAGCAGCUAUCACUGGUAAAAAUAUGGUGAAUAAAUGCCAAGGAGGCAGCUGUAUCCAAAAGCUGUGCCAAUUCAACCCCCAAACAGGGCUGUAUGAAGAAGGAUGUGUGUUCAUACCCAACAAGCAGCAGAAGGAGAGGGCAUCCAUAAUGUUUGCACAAAGCAUCAAUUCAGUGGUUGAAUUCUGUACAGAACAAAACCACAAUAAUGAAGCUCCAAACUUGCAAAACCAAAGAUGCAAUUUCCGAAGUACGUGGGAAGUGAUCAGCGAUUCUGAGGACUUCAAGAAAACUACUCCCAUGACAACCCAGCCACCCACUCCCACCUUCUCACUGCUGCAGAUUGGACAAAGAAUCGUGUGUUUAGUCCUGGAUAAGUCUGGAAGCAUGUCGAGUGACAACCGCCUCAAUCGACUGAAUCAAGCAGGCAAGCUUUUCCUGCUGCAGAUCAUUGAGCAGGGGUCCUGGGUUGGGAUGGUGACCUUUGACAGUGCUGCCCAAGUACGAAGUGAACUCAGACAGAUCAACAGUGGCACCGACAGAGAAGCCCUCACCAAAAGCUUACCCACAGUGCCCGCGGGAGGGACAUCCAUCUGCUCUGGGCUCCGAGUGGCAUUUUCGGUGAUUAAGAAGAAAUACCCGACAGAUGGCUCUGAGAUCGUGCUGCUGACCGAUGGGGAGGACAACACCAUAAAAGUGUGCUUUGACGAAGUGAAGCAAAGUGGAGCCAUCAUCCACACAGUGGCCCUGGGGCCAUCCGCAGCUCUGGAACUAGAGGAGCUGUCCAAAAUGACAGGAGGUUUACAGACAUAUGCCUCAGAUCAAGUGCAGAACAAUGGCCUCAUCGAUGCUUUCGGGGCCCUCUCAUCAGGAAACGGAGCCCCCUCUCAGCACGCCAUCCAGCUUGAGAGUAAGGGGUCAACCCUCCAGAACAAAGAGUGGAUGAAUGGCACGGUGGUUGUGGACAGCACUGUGGGAAACGACACACUGUUUCUUGUCACCUGGACAACGCAACGUCCCCAGAUUCUUCUCUGGGAUCCCAGCGGGAAGAAGCAGAAUGGCUUCACAGUGGACACAAACACCAAAAUGGCGUACCUCCACAUCCCCGGCACUGCCCAGGUGGGCGUUUGGAAAUACAGUCUGCAAGCAAGCUCACAAACGCUAACCCUGACUGUCACCUCCCGCGCAUCCAGUGCCACCUUGCCUCCAAUUACCGUGACCUCCAAAAUGAACCAGGACACAGGCAAAUUCCCCAGUCCCAUGAUAGUUUAUGUGUCUAUUCGCCAAGGAGCCGCACCAAUUCUCGGAGCCCGUGUCACAGCUCUCAUUGAAUCAGUGAGUGGAAAAACUGUGACCUUGGAAUUGUUCGACAAUGGAGCAGGUGCUGAUACUACUAAAGAUGACGGUGUCUACUCAAGGUAUUUUACAGCUUAUGACACAAAUGGUAGAUACAGUGUAAAAGUGUGGGCUCUGGGAGGAACUGACACGGCCAGACAGAAAGCAGCACCCCAGCGGAACGGAGCCAUGUACAUUCCUGGUUGGAUUGAGAACGGUGAAAUAAAAUGGAAUCCUCCUAGAUCUGAAAUUAAUACAAAUAAUCUUCAAGACAAGCAACUCUGUUUCAGCAGGACAUGCUCUGGGGGUUCAUUUGUGGCCUCCAAUGUCCCUAAGGGAACCAUACCUGACCUCUUCCCUCCUUGUCAAAUCACCGACCUGAAGGCUAAAGUACAAGGGAACAAUCUCAUUAAUCUGACUUGGACAGCACCUGGGGAUGAUUAUGACGAUGGGCGAGCUCACAAGUAUAUCAUUCGUAUAAGCACGAGUAUUCUUGACUUCAGUGACAAGUUCAACGAGACUGUCGAAGUGAACACGACUGGUCUCAUCCCAAAGGAGGCCAACUCUCAGGAAGUCUUUGUGUUUAAACCAGAAAACAUCGCCUUUGUAAACGGCACAGAUCUCUUCAUUGCUAUUCAGGCUGUUGAUGAGGUCAAUCUGAAAUCAGAAAUAUCCAAUGUUGCACGAGUGUCUUUGUUUAUUCCUCCAGAGACACCUAGUCUGGAAGUUACUCCUCCUUAUCCUAGUGUUAGCAUCAACAGCACCAUUCCUGGAGUUCACAUUUUAAAAAUUCUGUGGAAGUGGGUGGGAGAAUUGCAGGUAUCCCUAGGCUCGGGCUGAGUUUCAUAUGAAAAAUAAAUCACUCCAAGUUCUCUUCAUUAUAAAAUUUCCUAAAAUGCAUUUUAGAUUUCCUUUGGUGAGUGAUACAAUUAAGUAAAAUUCUAAACACCUGGGUACAUGAGCAUAAAAACUAUGUUCAAAUUCAGAAGUUUAAUGAUCAUUCCAAUCAUCCAUGAAUGAUUCUGAAUGCUAGAAGGAAAUAGCACUUAUAUCAGCAAAUGGGAGAAUGUUUUGAUGUGAUUUAAGGUGUGUUC